UUCUGUGUGCUUGCAACAUUCCUAAAAGCAGCCUGUGAAAUGACACCGUUACAAUUCAAAGAUUCUUUUUGGGGCCCAGAAUUCACCAGUAACACCGGAUAUGAGACUCUUAUCCAGAGGCUAUGUGAUGGACGACGAGCUUGCAAAGAUAUGGAGGAGCUCUUAAGAAUGAGAGCGAUGGCAGAGGAACGGUACGGCAAGGAAUUGAUUACUAUUGCACGCAAGACAGGAGGGCAAAGUGAAAUUGGCACUUUGAAGGCAUCAUUUGACCAGCUAAAAGCCCAAAUGGAGGACAUCGGAAAUUUGCACAUUCAGCUCUCGGGGAUGUUACGAGAAGAGGCGAAACGAAUGGAGCAGUUCAGAGAACGACAAAAGGAGCAGCGAAAAAAGUUUGAAGGGGUUAUGGAAAAGGUUCAGAAGACCAAAGUGUCAUUAUAUAAGAAAACCAUGGAGUCUAAAAGGACGUAUGAGCAGAGGUGUAAAGAGGCUGAUGAAGCUGAACUGGCUGCUGAGAAGCUCAACAGUACAUCCACUGUCACCCCCAAACAAUCUGAAAAGACACAAAACAAAGCAAAACAGUGCAGGGACGCAGUAACAGAUGCAGAGAAACAGUACAUGUCAAACAUAGAGCAGCUGGAUAAGAUUUGUCAGGAAUGGGAGACCACGCACGAGUGCACGUGUGAGGUUUUCCAGCAGCAGGAAGAUGAUCGCAUUAACAUUUUGAGAAAUGCUAUUUGGGUCCAUUGUAACCACUUUUCCAUGCAAUGCGUCAAAGAUGAUGAGUGUUAUGAGGAGGUGAGGAAAGUGCUAGAAAUGUGUGACAUCACGGAAGACAUCAACACUUUCAUCAAGACGAAAAGCACUGGCACCACUCGUGCAGUGCCCAUUGUGUUUGAAAACUAUUAUGAUAGACAACCAACAACGGACAGCAAUGGCAUCGCACGCUUUGGAGGAGGCGUGAUGAAGAGGUUUUCAAAUCUCUUGCAAGGCAACUGUGCUGUUGGCUCUAGGACUAAUAAUGAAUGUGUUCAGCCAUCAGCACCUCCAUCAGCGGACAUCUCAGAUGGAGUGUAUGCCUCCAUUCCUGGAUUUCCAAAAGCAACUUCAGACAGUGUUGGCUCUCAAAGCGGCACAUACCAGGCUCAGUAUGACUAUGUCGCUCAGGGCGCUGAUGAGCUCUCCAUCUCUGUGGGGGAAGUGCUGCUCGUGGUGGAACAGGGAGGAGACGGCUGGUGGAUGGUGGAGAGGGACGGCCAGACUGGGCUGGUGCCAGGCUCCUAUUUAGCCAAGAUAUGAAUCAAGAGUCUAGCGCACACUGGAAAGGCUCUCCAUGUCCUUAAACGCCCUCGAAUAGCAGAGUUAUUAAGGGCACUCCCUAUAUAAGUGUCUCAGAGGAGGAUUUCUGUUUGCUAAAUGCAUUUAAGCAGUAGCACAUCCGUACUGAAAAUCUGUAUGGAACAUAGAAACGGAUUAAUAUGUAUAUUAAAAACUGAUAAUUAUACGUGACUAUCAUUAUUGUCGAGAUAGAGAUUUAUAUUUAUUAUAAAAAUUAUUUAUUGUGAAUGAAAAACAUAAGCAUGUACAACACAAUGAGUAGCCACUACAGACUUGCCGUGAUUUAGUUCAUGCGAAGACGAUGACAAUGUAGAUAUUUAAACAGAAUUCAAAAUUUCAUCUGUUUACUUUUUGGAAAGUUAAUCAAUGAAACAAAAGUGAGGUCAUCUACAAUUUUAAAUUAUCAUCAUCUAUAUCAUCUAUAAUAGAGCUCUAGGUUCAGCAUUUUGCAUUUAUCACUUGGACUGCAUAAAAUAAAAGCUGUGUAAUGAUCAUUGCAUCAUGUUGGCGUUGACUGAAUGUAAGUUGGGUAAUGGUUUGAACACUGUGGCUGUAAUACUUUUUGACUCAGGUGGUUGGUUGAGAGAAACUAACCUGGGACAAACAUUUUAAAGUUUAAACAGAACGAUCGGCUUUGUCUUGUCCUCACGUAUCAAGUUUCCAAAAGGCCAAGGGAACAAUUCACAAACUUUUUCAAAUAUUUCUCAGUCACGGUAUUCAACUUACCAUAUG